AUGCGGGAGUGGGCGGUCUCGAACGAGCAAGAUGCUAUGAGGUUGUUGUUCAAAGCAGCAGCCCCGUCGCAACACCCUGCCGGGCCGGCGAGGCCCCCGUCACUCACAGCAGUAGUCGGAAGUAGGCCUCAGCAUGAUGUCUCAGAUGCUCUUCGCGUGUGGAAUGCUUGCCGCUUCGUUCGGAUGGGGUGGUUCACGGCGCAAGAGGCGAUGUCUCUGGUCGAAUGGUUUUUCGCCUACCUCAAUCCACUGUCGCCGGUACUCACUGACUUCUACGGUACGCUUACCAACCAAUUUUGGCUUGUCACCCAGGAGCCCUUCCUCUGCUGUACCAUCCUGCUUCUCGCGUCGCGAUACUAUCAUCUGCCUGGACGGACGGGAGCAUCGAGAUCCUCGUUCAUUCACCACCGUCUCAGUCAGCACUGCCAGCAUCUCCUUCUUCGGGUUAUGCUAGGCCAAGAGAAGUUCUCGAAAGCCAAGACGCGCACCGUCGGGACGAUCGAGGCCCUGCUCCUGCUCUGCGAGUGGUAUCCGAAGUCCUUGCAUUUUCCCCCAGAGAGUGACGGCUGGGACUCGGAUCUAAUCAUGACCAAUGCGGACCUACGAGAUCCGCCACUCAUCCACGAGGACGAGCCCUCAGUGUCCAUGCAGUGGCAGCAGGAGGUCGUCGAGCCGACUAAGCGCCUGGAGCGCAUGUCCUGGAUGAUCCUCAGCGCGGCAGUCGCUCUCGCUCAUGAAUUGGGAGUGUUUGACCGGCGGACUGCGGCUAAACCUAUCGAGAAGCCCAGUCGGCCGGAUAGCCGGAUUUACCAGGAGCACUUGGAAGUCAGGUACACGAGAAUCCCCUCACUGCUUCUGGUAUUCAGCAACAUGGCCGCUGCGCGAAUUGGAUGUGACUCUCUAGUGUCAUGGGAUGAUGGUCAAUGGCGGACAGCCAUGGCCCUAUGGGUGGAUCUCAUGCAGAUCUCUAAGUCCAUCACCGAUAGGCAGUUUUCCUCCAUCAGGGAAAAUGCGGAUAUUACUUCGCCCGAAUUGCUUCUCGAGGCGAAGCGACAAGAGCUCUCUGGGUGGCGAUUGCGUCACCUCGAAGCUGGUGAAACAGUCGACCACAGGACCUUCGACGAUAUCCUCUUCAUUGAAUACCAACACGUCAGCAUCAUACUCAACUCCCUCGGCAUGCAGGAGCAGCUCAAUUGCCCAUCCCCGCCAGAGACGAUUCCCACCCUUUGCGCGUAUACCGAUGCCGUGAUCGACCGGUGCAAACAGACUCUCGACCGAAUCUCGAGUCUGAGCCAAAGCGGGCUCACGCGCUACAUGCCAGUCCGGGUCUUCUUUCGAACGGUCAGCGCCUCGAUUUUCCUUCUCAAGGCUCUCGCCCUUGGGGCGCCUUGUACCCGGCUCCAGUCCGCCCUUGCAACUCUCGAGACAGCCAUCGCACUCUUGCAAGAGCUGCUAGUGGAGGACGAGCUGCAUCUCGGGGGCCGCUACGCAACGCUGCUGGGGGUCGUGGUGUCUCGAUUGCGCAAGAGUCUUUUCGAUGGGCUUUCUGUGGGGAAUGUCAGUCACGCGGCUGUAGACUUUUUCGAUGACGAUCGAUGGCUCUCCCUUCCAUUUGAGACAUCCAUGGCGCCAUUUGGCUCUUUUGUCGGGGAUAUGGGGCUCGUCCCUGAUAGUAUCGAUACUGAUUUGGACUUUCUGUGGAACCUACCUCCUUGA